AUGAUGGUUACGCUGUUGGUCCUUUUGCUGGCACAUUUAAUGGGUGAAAAUGCAGCUGGAUCGACAACAGUUUCCAAUCUUUACUUUGUCGGCAAGGAGCACUGGAAUGAGGAAGAGCUGGACCUGUGCGAAACCCUAGGACAGUUGAAUGAAUCACUCUCUUGCUACUCCAGCAUUAUCAAUUACCAGCGGAUAGACGUUGAGGUGUUGAGCGAAGAUCCUAUUCUUGUGGUGUUCAGGAAAUUUGCAUCAGACAAUUACGUAGCCGGUUUUCUCGCUGACGCUAAGAAGAAAAAGUAUCAUACAGCGGAAAUAAUACAUCCAAACGGAACUUAUUCCAAGCAAACAGUUAGGAGAGCCCGCGAAGCGGCAUUCGAACAUGAAGAAACUAUUGGAGUAGCAAAAGUAUUUAGGAGAGUGAAAGCGAUGUUGCCAUCUGUCAACUUUGAGAUCAGCGAGCCAUGGGCGAUUCUCUCAUAUAGACCUGGAGGACACUACGCGCUCCAUUAUGAUUACCUCGACUACUCCUCGCCCGAAGAAUGGGACUCAUGGAGACGAGACUAUGGUGAUCGAUUCGCAACUUUUCUCCUUAUGCUCCAGCCAGCUACAAAAGGAGGAGGAACUGUUUUUCCGUCACUAGGUACAACGGUUAUGCCUUCAUCAGGAGAUGCACUUUUGUGGACUAACAUGAACGCCAAUGAAGAAGUGAAUCUUGACAGUCUUCACGGCGGUUGCGCUGUCUGGGAAGGAGAGAAAAUAGCAGCGGUGUUGUGGAUUCGUGCUAAUGGACAGGACCUUCUCAGAUCUUCAUAUCGGAAUGGCAGACUAGACAUUGGGAAAUUGAUUCGUCCGCGUGUGGAGUACUUUGGGAUGACCCGAGCCAACACAUAG